GGACCACUGGGCCCAGGCUUGGAGGAGGACUUCCAGACAGUAGCAGGGAAGAGCACGGGAGCAAGAGACACAGUCUUGGCUCCAUCCUCAUCUCAGUUAUGCCCACCUUUUCAGUGUUCACAGAUGUGCCCCUAGCCCAGAAGCUAGAAGGCAGCUUGUUAAAGACCUACAAACAAGACGAUCACCCCAACAAGAUGUUCCUGGCCUAUAGAGUCUGCCUGACCAACAAAGGCCACCCCUGGGUUUCUCUCGUGGUGCAAAAGACUCGACAGCAGAUUUCCCAGGACCCCUCCCUGAACUACGAGUACUUGCCCACAAUGGGCAUGAACUCGUUCAUCCAGGCCUCCCUGGAACUCCUCUUUGGAAAGCAUAGUCAAGUCAUCAUGGAGAACAGGGCAGGGGGUGUGCACACUGUGGGUGACAGUGGUGCCUUCCAGCUUGGGGUCCAGUUUCUCAGAACUUGGCAUAGGGAUGCUAAUAUAGUGUACAUCAUCUCUUCUCAAAAAGAGCCACAUGGACUCAUCUUCCAGGACAUGGGCUUUACAGUUUAUGAAUACUCCAUCUGGAACCCCAAGAAUCUGUGCUUGGACCCCAACAUGUUCCUCAGUAUGGUGGAGCAGAUCCCAAGUGGCAGUGUCCUUGUGAUUGGGAACAUUAUUGACUGCAAGUUAACAAAGAGUCAGUGGGCAAAGUUGAUGUCCAUCAUGAAGAGCAAGCGUGUAUUUCCGUUUUUUGACAUUCCCUGUCAAGGUUUUUACACUGGCAACUUGGAAGAAGAUACUAGGAUCUUACAAUACUUUGUGUCUCAAGGUUUUGAGUUCUUCUGCAGCCAGUCUCUAUCCAAGAUUUUUGGCAUUUAUGAUGAAGGUGUGGGGAUCCUGGUCGUGGUGGCAGUCAGCAACCAGCAGCUGCUGUGUGUCCUCUCCCAGCUGAUAAGAUUCACCCAGGCCCUGUGGCUGAACGCCCCCAGCACAGGGGAACGCAUCAUCACCUCCAUCCUCUGCAACCCUGCUCUGCGGAGACAGUGGAAGCACAGUCUGAAAGAGGUUGUAAAGAACAUUAUGCUGAUCAAGGAAAAGGUGAAGGAGAAGCUUCGGCUCCUGGGAACCCCUGGCUCCUGGAACCACAUCACUGAACAGAGUGGGACCCAUGGCUACCUUGGACUCAACUUCCAACAGGUGGACUACUUGGUCAGGAUGAAGCAUAUCUACAUCCCUAAGAAUGGGUGGAUUAACUUCAGCUGUAUCAAUGCCAACAAUAUAGAUUACAUCACCCAGGCCAUCAGUGAGGCUGUCUUCUUCACAAAGGGCCCAGAGAAAUAUCUUCCAAAACACCAAAAAUAG